AACUGCUUUCUGGGAUUGUCCAUUAUGGCUGAGGGACAGUGAGGGGCGGAAGGACGAUAUUUGGUGAAUUUUCCCCAAUUUUCCCCGUUUGAAGAGGAGUGAUCGGGCGCAUUCUCCCCACAGAAUGGAGACCCAUCCCCCUGAACCCUCCACCAGUACGGAGGACCCUGCUGUGAUGCCUCCCUCCGCCACCUCCUCCAUGCGGAAGUUCAUCCACGAGACGCCGCACCACAGUAAGGACAUUCUGAAGAAGCUGAACCAGCAGCGAGAGGACGGUCUGCUGUGUGACGUCACCAUCAUCGUGGAGGGCCGGCGGUUCCGCGCGCACAAGUCCAUGCUGGCGGCCUGCAGCAGUUACUUCAACUCUGUCUUCACACGGAAAGACGUCAAACACAUCCCUUUUGUGGAGAUCACUGACAUCACUGCUGAAGGCUUCAGCCAGGUAUUGGAGCACACCUACACGUCCAAGUUGGCCCUAGAUGAGAACAAUGUGGCCAGUGUGAUGGAGGCUGCUCAGGUGCUGAAGAUCAUUGUCAUCUCAGACAUCUGCUCUAAGUACCUGCAGUCACAGCUGAAAAGAGGGGUAACCAUCGACCUGAAUGCAGCUGGGGAUGGUAACCAUGACUACGAAGACAUCAGCGAAUCAGAAGCCAGUCUGGGUUACCAGGACGAUGUGGAGAACGACGAGGAUUACGACCCCAAGAAGGAAGGCGCUCGAGUCACCGCCACGGCCAAACGGUGUCAAACUACAACACGUUCGGCGACAGCUGCCGCAGGUGGCACCAACACUGCCCCUAAAGAUGACACGUUGGUGGGGUUCUCACCACUGGUGGGAGCAGGAGACAAACUCAUGCUCACCAAGGAGUCAGGAGAAGAGCAGGGUGAAGAUGUUAAACCUGAUGUGAAGAGAAGACGGACGGAAUCCUCGGAGCCUGCCACGCCUGAGGCCACGCCCACCUCGCCCCUCCCACCUCGCCGUAGGAGACAACGGUUGUCAACAGAGACCCACACCUGUAAUGACUGUGGCAAGGUCUGUACGACAUACGGGAACCUGAUGCAGCAUCAGAAGAACAAGCACACAGACGACAAGCCGUUCGAGUGUGAGGUGUGUCAUCAGAAGUUUGCCCAGCAGGGACACUUCAUCAGACACCAACGUCUACACGAGCUGGAGAAACAAGAGGUGUUCCAGUGUAACAUCUGUGAGGACAAGAGUUUUGGAACAGUGUCCAACCUAACCCAGCAUCUUAAAACAGACCAUACCAUCAAGAAGAACAGUAAGGACAAGAACUGUCGCUGUAAGCUGUGCAAAGAGCUGUUCGUCAGGACCCCCGAACUCAUCAGACAUGUGCAGAAAAUGCAUCUCCAGUCUGGAGAGGCGAUGUACAAGUGUGACGAGUGUGACAAGCCGUUUAAGGACGUGUGGAAGCUGAACCGACACAAGAUGAAGCACUCUGGCAUCAAGCCCUUCCAGUGUGAGAUCUGUGGGGCACAGUUUAUAGCAGAGGACCUGCUCAACACGCACCAGAAACGACAUACAGGAGAGAACUUGCACGAGUGUGAGUACUGCAACAUGAAGUUUGUGGAGGCGGGCCGACUGAAGGAGCACAUCCGCAAACACACGGGCGAGAAACCCUUCCCGUGUACGUACUGCGACAUGAAGUUUGCCCACCCCAACAACCUGCGCAUCCACACGCGCAAGCACACCGGCGAGAAGCCCUACGUCUGCGAAUUCUGCGGACAACAGUUCGCCUACGGGACGGCGUACAAGUUCCACCGGAGAAUCCACACAGGUGAAAUGCCGUACCAGUGCCAGGAGUGCGGGAAGAGACACCGCACCAAGGCGGGGCUGGACAUGCACGUACGCAAACAUGGCGGCGUGCGACCUUUCACCUGCAAGUACUGCCAGAAGGGAUUCUGGGGGAAGACGGACCUGGUGCGACACAUCCGCACGCACACGGGUGAGAAGCCGUACAUGUGCGACGUGUGCGGCUCGCGAUUCGCCAUGUCAUCUCAGAUGUACUCCCACCGCAGGACGCACUCAGAUGAAAGGCCACAUAGGUGGGUACAGAUUAUACUGGCUUUAUCUAGCCUUAAAGGUAGUAUCUUGGCACCAAGUUUGUAUUGGAUAUGUGGUUUGUUGUUUAUUGGUACAGGGGACUUUCCCUACCAUUGUCCUCUGUGUGGGAAGGGCUACACUCGAUCAGACAAGCUGAAGGACCAUGUCAAACAACACGAGAAGGGUCGGGUCACCACAGUUUCCCGCACGCGCAAGCCGCGCACGCAACCGCCCGCAGUCGCCAAGCAGGAGCAGGACAUGGCUCAGCAAUGGCAGCAGGCGUUACAGGAGGCGGAGUCAGCGUCCGCGCAGCUCUCCAGAACCAUCGACGUCCACGAGCUCCAGUCGCUCGGCGUACAGACGGAACACAUCGUCCGGCCGGCGCCUGUACAGCCCACACAGGUCGCCGUGUCCACCUACCCGGGAAACUUUGUACCACAGAUGAUCCCGCAGCUCAUGUUUAACCCGUCUGCGGACGAGCGUAUCCACAUCACGGCGGAGGAGGCCCAGAGGCUGCACAUCCCCGUCUCCGUGUCGGUCGCAGCGGACGACAGGAUGCACAUGCCGGCGGAAAGUGUGGAGAGGUUACCCAUGUAAAACUAGAGCUUUCCAGGGAUCUGUUAUAUGUGAAGGAUUCAACACAUAACGAAGCAGUUCAGCUAGAGUAGCUUUCAGAUGGCAUCCGGCAUCAGCAUGUCAACAGAAAGUACUGCGCCUGCACGAAACCCUGAUUUUUCACGGUUUUCUUCAAAUUUUGGGUCAAUGUUGCAUCGGAAUUUUGCCUGUUGCAAAUGAAAUCUUUUCUGACUUAGCAUUUCAACAUUACAGACGGAAUGUUAACCUAAUAUACAAGAAUAUGACCUUAUAUGAGACAUUCUGCUGAAGUGCUAUGUACAAUACAUUAUGGGUUUCACGCAGGCGCAGUACGUUCUGCUAACGUGCUUCGUAGAUGGGAGGGGGGCUUCUCUGGUGAGCUCAUGUUAAUCACAGGCCAUGUUAUGAACUCAUGUAUACCAAAUUUGUUAGUCAUGAGAAGAAAAUAUGUUUUGAAGCAAGCUAGUAGACAGGAAUGAUUUUUUUCUGUUCUUCAUUUUUUUCUCUGUGACUGGAAGGUACAGAUUUUUAACAUUAUCUAGGUUAUGUCCAGUUAACUUCUUGUGAUCAUGGCACCAACUGAUGUGGAAAUCCAUUUACCAGUAUAUUAUAAUCCUGUACAGUUAUAUUUAGUAUAUUUGAUGUACCAGGACUGCUUUAGUCUAUGCUAGCUUGUUAUCAAUUGGGAACAAUAACUAAUUUAGACUAGACUAACAUUACCUGAGUCUUAUACAUACCAUAUGUUGCCACUUGUUGUUACCAAGAGGAUUUCAUUCCUGAGUUCUAGUCACCAAGAAACAAAAAGCUAUUUAUGUGUUAGACACACAAGUGGUCAUUUAUUAACUUACAGAGCUGGACUUGCAAUAUUCCAUGAGCUUGCUUCACUUUCUUAAUGUGAAAGAUGUUUUUUCAGAAGUUAGAUUGUUAGAAUAUAGAUUUUUGGAGGAUCUUGACCAAGUAUUCUUGUACAUAUGUUAUUAAUGACAUAAGUAGGUGUGUAGAUAUUACAUGUAACACCUAGCUGAAGUGCCAGUAAAUGUAACACUGUUGUUGAUUGGAAGAAAAAUAUUUUGCAAUUA